ACAGUAAGGUAUCACGAUAACAUACUUUAUUAAAUGUAUGUGCCGUUUAGCAGUAGCAACAUUACGUGCAUCGUCAGUUCACUGGCCGUAACUACGUCAGUCUAACAUGGCGGCACAUAUAGCACGGCGUUGCUAUUUACUUUGUAGUAACGUUAGUGCAGGAAUAACCGUGAUUCCUCAGCAUGUAAAACUACGAGGUGUUAUAAUAAGAGACAUAAACAACACUCUCCAGCCGAGUGCUGGUUACGGGACCCGAGGGACAGACACUACACAGGACACUCAAGUGCACGUUCCAGUGGACCGUCUGACAGUAUCUUACAGCAGAAGCAGUGGUCCUGGUGGUCAGCAUGUCAAUAAAGUCAACACAAAAGCAGAGGUCCGAUUCCACCUGCAUACAGCCGACUGGAUCCCAGAAGAUGUUCGACAGAAAAUCCUUGAAAAGAACAAAAACCGCAUUAACAAGGCCGGGGAGUUGCUGGUGACCUCAGAGCUGAGCAGGAGCCAGCAGAGAAACUUUUGGGACUGUAUACAGAAGAUCUCCGCCAUCAUCGCUGAGGCCAGUGAGAAGCCACGUGAGCCAACAGCAGAGGACAUAGCCCUUAGGGCAGCCAGGUUAGAGAAGAGGAACAAGGAGCGACUCAAACAGAAGAAGAUUCAUUCAGCGACCAAGCAGAGCAGACGAGUGGAUUUUGAUUAAUGUGAUUGUAUUGUCAAUAAUUUAAUAUUAUUUGUCUGUCCAGUGUCAAUUACUAUGUCCUCAUGUCCUGUUUUGUAUAUUGCAGUAAAAUCUGACAUGAUAUCAUAAAUAUAUAGACAAAUGUGAGAAUUUUU